AUGUAUCAAAUUCUAGGAAUUAAAUACUUCAAAGAAGGAGGUCUCUUGCAUCAAAAUACUUCAACUAAGAACUGUUCUUACACUUGGAUUGGUAUUACAAAAGGCAUUGAAGUUUUGAAGCAAAAUUACUUCAUGGAGAUAAAUAAUGGAAAGAAAACAAAAAUAUGGAAGGACAAAUGGAUUCCAGGCAUGAAUCAUCCACCAUCUCCAAUCAAUGAUCUUUAUAGGUUCUAUGAAGAUGUAGCUGAGUUAUACUUGUCUGAAUCUAAUAAGUGGAACAUCAGUUUACUCAACAGAUUAUUUGAUGCAGAUACUUCUCUUAAAAUUCAGUUAUUGUUCAUAGACUGCAGCAAGGAAGAUGUCAUGUUAUGGAUGCCCUCAAAAUAUGGUACCUUUUCAGUCAAGAGUACAUACAAAAUGUUAACUCAUAGCACCAGUGAAGUUCAAGUAAAUGGAGCUAACAUUAACUCUGUAAUCUGGAAGACACUAUGGAAAACACAAGCGGCUAGUCGUGUCAAGCUUUUCAUAUGGAAGUGCAUCAGAGGCAUUAAUUCUACUAAAAGUAGAAGAGCUCAAUAUAAUUCAGAGGUUGAAACUCACUAUGACACCUGUGGUCAUGGAUAUGAAGAUAUGGAGCAUAUCAUUUUUGCAUGUAAACAUGCAAGGGUUGUCUGGAGAGGCAGAAAUGUAAACAUUGAUGCAGUCAGAGAAAAUUGUAGCUCAGUUGCAGAAUGGGUCAUCAGCUGGUUUUUUACCUCAAACUCAGACCAAGACCAAAGUUGGCUGAUUACUUUAAUGGUUGGUAUGUGGGUAUUGUGGAAAGAUAGGUGUGAAGUUUUUUUUCAGGGAGUAUCUCUAAACCCUCAUAAUACUGUGCAUAAAAUCCAUUACCGCAUAGCUUCACACAUGCAUUGCAUUAACCCAUCCCAACUUCCAUUAACUACUUCCAGCAUAAAAAUCUCUAACUGGAAACCUCCCAUUAACGAUGUAGUUAAAUUUAAUGUGGAUGGUUCAUAUAUUCAAGAUUCUAACAGUUUUGGCACUGGUAUUGUGCUGCGCAACCAUACAGGUGCAUGCCUUGGAAUCAAAGGGAGCUAUGGAGAUGGAGUACUGACUCCAGAAGAAGUGGAAUGCAUGGCAUGCAGUCAGAGAAGCACUCUUUUUGGCCAAAGACUUGAAGUACUCAAGAAUCCAGUUGAAGCCGAUGCAAAACUAGUAAUAGACACCAUUAAUGGGAAUAUCCUACUCAUUCAAUAG